CAAGGGCCAGUUGGGAUUGAAAAAAAUAUAUACAUACCUCGUACAUUUGGAUAUAUGCAGGUUACAGAUCAGCCUCUGAAAAUGAGGAAGCCAGAGCCCUCCUCCUGCUCCUCCUCCUCCUCCUCCUCAGCUGGGAAAGACAUAAUGAACGUCCAAAAUUCCAACAACAAAUUACUUAGGAAAGGCUUGUGGUCACCGGAAGAGGAUGACAAGCUCAUGAAUUAUAUGCUGAACAAUGGCCAAGGUUGUUGGAGUGACGUGGCCAGAAAUGCUGGCUUGCAGAGGUGUGGGAAGAGUUGCCGCCUGCGUUGGAUUAAUUACUUGAGGCCUGACCUUAAGCGUGGCGCAUUCUCUCCCCAAGAAGAAGCCCUCAUCAUCCAUUUGCACUCUCUUCUUGGCAACAGGUGGUCUCAAAUUGCAGCACGCUUGCCAGGACGAACUGACAAUGAAAUAAAGAACUUUUGGAAUUCAACUGUAAAGAAGAGGCUAAGGAACUUGCAGUCAGGAUCACCUUCACCAAACACAAGCGAUUAUUCAUCAUCGCCAAAAGAUCAAGUCAUGGGCGGGCUCAUUUCCAUGCAAGAACAAGCUGGCAUCAUGCCCAUGUACAUGGAUUCAUCAUCAUCAUCAUCUUCCAUGCAGGCUAUGGCCCUAAACCAGAUGGUCGAUCCAUUGCAUAUGCUCCAGCAUGACCUAAACAUGUCCAAUAAUAUUGCAAGUGGACACUUUAAUGCACCACAAUACAUGGCUCAAAUUGAUCUAGGUGGAGAUGAUCUUCCUGGAGGAAAUGGGGCCCAGCUUGGAGAUGUUGAUAUUGGGUUUGAUGGGGAAAUGUUUGUUCCUCCUUUAGAGAGCGUAGGCAUUGAAGAGCAAGUUGAAACAGAAAAUACAUAUAAUAGGGCAAUGAAUAAUAACACCUUCCAUAACACGAACAACAACAACAUUAACAGAGCAGAAAACUUAGCUCGGGUUGGAAAUUGUUGGGAGGUAGAAGAGCUUAGAAUGGGGGAAUGGGACUUGGAGGAGUUUAUGAAAGAUGUUCCCUCCUUUCCUUUAGUUGAUUUCCAGUUCAGUAAUUGAUUCAUGAACUUCCAAAUAUUUCCCGGCCCGGCCAUCUCUCUUUUUGAUAUCUUAUAUAGGAUAUUAUUUCUUAAUGUCAAACUCCUCCUCCUUCCAUAUAUAGAACUCUAUACCAAAAUCCUAUAGUCAUAGGCCAGGUUCUGAAGAACUAAAACAAAUCCUACCCUAUGGCUUUUGGGUUGCCUUACAACUCAUCAUGAGUUGCUUCUGCAGUACUAGUGUAUUUUUUUUUUUUUUUUUUGGGGGGGGUCUCUAAAGUAAAGGCCAAACUUAAAGGAGUACAUAUAUUGGUGGCCAUAAAAUUCUUGUAUGUAUGUAUACCUUAAAUUGUGUAUUAUAGGGAGAGAAAUUUGGUCAUUUCUGACCAUCCGGCUAUUUGUAAUAAUCUUCCCUUCAAGUAGAUCAUCAUAGCUAUAUAUAU